GAGUGCUUAACUUGAAGUGUUCUUUAAGGACAAAAUGGACAAAACUACAAAUUCGUAGGUGCUCAAACGACAAGGAAUAUUCCUAUAUAAUAUUAUAAUAGACCUUGUAUCAUAGACAAAGACAAGCAGUAGCUCUGUGGACACAGAACAUUCACCCGGGGAUAUUCUGUGUCUGUCGACUUUUCACCAAAGUGAGGUUAUUUGCUUCUGCCGAUUUUGCAUUGUGUUGGUUAGUGGGAGACUAGAAGGUUUCCCUUCACUUUUAAGCGAAUUUAUCGGUAAUAUUCCAGCGUGGCACAUAAAUGAAAGUAGCAUAUGCAAUCUUGCGUCAUCUAGUUAAAUUUAAAUUUGUCAACAACCCGUUGAAACACACCGGUGCUCAAGUUGUUCAAGCUCGAAACUUAUCAGCGAGCCCCUAUUUGAAUCAGGAAUACAAUCAGAAGACUGAUUGGGGCAAAAAUAAGAAGGGCAGAAAAGUGAAAUUGAAUUUGUAUUUUGAUACCAUGGGUGACCCGCAAAUUGAACAGGUUUUGGCCCCUUUGAGGGCCAGCGUUAAAGAACAGGGCGACUUAGUCCGACAGUUAAAAGCAGACGGAGCGCCUGAACUGGACGUUAAGAAGGCAGUGCUAGAGCUGAAAGCUCGAAAAAAAAUCUUGGAAGAUAAAGAAUUGGCCUUGGCCCCAAACGCAACAUUUGACCGAGCGAAAAUGGAAGAUUUAUUAAAAAGAAGAUUCUUCUACGACCAAUCAUUUGCCAUAUAUGGCGGGAUCUCUGGCCAGUUUGAUUUCGGUCCCAUGGGCUGUGCUUUUAAGUCGAAUCUACUAAACUUGUGGAGACAAUCCUUCGUGUUUGAGGAGCAAAUGUUGGAAGUUUCUUGUUCCAUUUUAACACCAGAGCAGGUCCUAAAAGCGUCUGGACAUGUGGAUCGAUUUGCCGAUCUGAUGGUUAAAGAUGUGAAGUCCGGCGAAUGCUUUAGGCUUGACCAUCUUAUUAAGGCACACUUGGAAAAAAUUGCUGCUGAUAAAAAAGCCACUGUGGAAACAAAGGAAGAGUGUACUGAUAUCGUCAUCAAAUUAGAUGGGAUGAAUAAGGAGGAAAUGGCGGCUAUUUUGCAAAAGUUUCAAAUGAAAAGCCCAACAACUGGCAAUGAUUUAACCGAGCCAAUUGAAUUCAACUUGAUGUUUGGAACGCAAAUUGGGCCUUCAGGCCUAGCAAAAGGUUACCUCAGACCUGAAACAGCGCAGGGAAUAUUUGUCAAUUUUAAGCGACUCUUGGAGUUUAAUCAAGGCAAGUUGCCCUUCGCAGUUGCUCAAAUUGGAGACUCAUUCCGUAAUGAAAUUUCUCCCCGAUCUGGUUUGAUUCGAGUGAGGGAAUUUACGAUGGCAGAAAUCGAACACUUCUGUGAUCCAAACGAUAAGAAUCAUCCCAAGUUUGAGGAUGUUAAAGACGUGGAACUUUUACUAUAUUCCGCCUGCAACCAAAUGGAUGGCAAAGCAGCAGAAAGAAAAACGAUCGGGGCUGCUGUAUCAACGGGCCUUGUAGCCAACGAAACUCUUGGCUAUUUCAUAGCCCGAAUUCAGCAGUUUAUGGUUAAGAGCGGAGUUGACCCCAAAAGACUAAGAUUUAGGCAACACAUGGCCAAUGAAAUGGCUCAUUACGCCUGUGAUUGUUGGGACGCGGAGUGUCUCACCAGUUAUGGGUGGAUUGAAUGUGUAGGUUGCGCCGAUCGUUCAGCCUUCGAUCUUACACAACACAGCAAAGCGUCUGGCGUGCGUUUGGCAGCUGAAAAGAAGCUGGAUCAACCCAAAACCGUUGAUGUAGUUGAAGCGGCCCCAAACAAAGGCGCUCUUGGCAAAGAAUUUAAGAAAGAUGCCAAAAAGAUUCAAGAUACUUUAGCUAGUCUAAGUAUCCAAGACAUUGAGGCGAUUGAGAAAAAUCUUGAUUCGUCCGGAACUUACGAAUUGAAUGCCGGAGAUCAAAAGUUCAAAUUGACCAAGAAUCAUGUGAGCGUGAAACGAUACCAAAAAACUGUUCAUGUGGAGGAUAUUAUUCCUAAUGUCAUUGAACCCUCGUUUGGUAUAGGUAGAGUAAUGUAUGCAAUAUUCGAGCAUAACUUCAAACAACGAGAAAACGACGAACAGAGGACUUAUUUGUCGUUGCCAGCCGUUGUAGCACCUUUGAAGUGCAGCGUCCUGCCUUUGAGCAGUAAUUCGGAAUUUAAACCAAUAAUUAAACAGUUAUCAACUGACCUCACUAAAGUGGUUGUCUCGCAUACAGUGGACGAUAGUUCCGGUUCAAUAGGAAGAAGAUACGCCAGAACUGAUGAAAUCGCGAUUCCUUAUGGGAUUACUAUCGAUUUCGACACAUUGAAAGAACCGCAUACUGUUACGUUAAGAGAACGUGAUUCCAUGACUCAAGUGCGAAUUCCCUUAACUGAAAUAGCAGAUGUUGUCCACAAUCUCGCGUACAACAAACAGAGUUGGACUGUUGUUCAAAAUAAGUAUCCUAAAUUUGAGCAGCAAGAGAGCAAAGGAAACUAAACCCAGCUGCUUUAGUAUGAAAGUAAGAGUAAACCGCAUUUAACACUUAUUCGUAGCUUUUCCCCCGGUUAUAUUUAUAAACAAUGCAACUUGUACUUUCAA